AUGCGAUUCUCACGGAUAUUCCACCGCAGGUUCCGAUUGACACCGCACACCAGACUUGUCGUUGCGGACAGGGAACGAAGCAGAAGCCUAUCGAAGCGUACUACCGCAUCGUGGGAUUGUCCCCUCGCCGCCGAGGCCUGGGAUCGCAUGAAGCGGGGCUACCAGCCCGAGAGCAUGGACGACCGAUGGGUGGUUUCGUUAACGGGAGAAGACAAGCUGGUGUUCGCGAGGAGCUGGACAAGGUCCCCGAUCGUCGAGAUUCGGGUUGUUGCCCGGGACUACGCGAGGAUUGUGUCGAUUGCUUGGGAGGGCGACGAGUCAGUAUGGACAGGAGGGUCGGAGAAGAGCGCCAAGAAGCUUGUCGUACAGCUGUGUGCAUCGUUGCUCGAUGUUAGGCUGUCACCAGGAAACAUCUGA